AUGGCUACUUUCUCUGCAACUCUACUAAAAAGCUCUUUUCCUUGCUUCUCUCCAUUUCCACAGACGUUAAGAAGAAACCUUCUUUAUAUUCCAUCCAUUAGAGCUGUAAAAUCCACUGAGCCAGAGAAAGAAAAGGCCACCAAAACUGGAGAACCCUCCACUAAUGCUCAACCUUCACCUUCAACAGCUGCUCCUAAGCCCAAGAAACCUGUUUAUUCAAUGAAGAAAGGACAGAUUGUGAGAGUGGACAAAGAAAAGUACCUCAAUAGCGUAAAUUAUCUAUCUGUUGGGCAUCCACCUUAUUACAAGGGCUUGGACUAUAUUUAUGAAGACCGUGGUGAGGUUUUGGAUUUGCGGAUAUUUGAGACGGGAGAGUAUGCUCUUGUUUCAUGGGUUGGAGUCCCCACUGCUCCAGCUUGGCUUCCAACAGACAUGCUUAUCAAGUCCGAGAAGCUGAAUUACGAAAGAUUGUGA